UGACGGGAUCAUUGUUGCUGUCCACCCUAACAUCAAGCUUUUAGGAACGGAUCAUUUUGCUAUUAAUUCUACACAAAAAGCUUAUGGGAUUGAUGAUUUUCGAAAUAUAACAAUUGGGGUCAAUGGCAUCGAGGAGAGGAUGCAUUUGGUUUGGGAUACAAUGGUGGAAGCUGGGCAAAUUUCAGUGACUGAUUAUGUCUGCAUAACAAGCACUGAAUGAUUGCUUGGAUCUUCAAUAUAUAUCCCAGGAAAGGAGCAAUUCCUGUUGGAUCCAAUGCAGAUAUAAUUAUUCUCAACGCAAGUUCAAGUUUUGAAAUUACUGCAACGUCUCACCACUCUAGAUCAGAUACAAAUGUCUAUGAGUGCAGGCGAGGAAAGGGAAAAGUUGAAGUGACUAUAGCUGGAGGAAGGAUUGUCUGGGAAAAUGAUGAAUUGAAGGUUGUUCCUGGAACUAAGUACACAGAAAUGCGUCCCUUUAGUUAUCUUUUUGAUGGAAUUGACAAAGCAGAUGCUCAGUACUUAUCUUCCCUUGGAGCUCCAGUAAAGCGUUUUACAUCCACAGCUUAGAAUUAGAUUGCAGGUAAUUGUAUUUUCUCUUAUCCUGUAGAUAAAAUUAGAAGGAAAAUUAUACCCAGUGUUCAUGUUUGUAUUGAGUUUGUGCAGAGUGACAAAUAAAUAAUGUUUCAACAGCCUGUGCAUUCCAUUUGUCAUAUGUAUUUGUAUACAUUGUUGGAUAAUAUAAAUAAAGUUCAUAUUCUUCUAGUUAUAA